AUGCCCAAAGCCAAAUCACCCGCCAGCAAUCCCAAUGUCAGCCCAGACCCGGAGCAGAACGGAUCUACCAUCCGCAAGGCCUUUUUCCUCGAGGCGGCAGCCAACUUGUGCACAAUACCACUGGUGACCAAUACUCACUUCACACUGUCGUUUCUUCUAAACAAUACUGCCGACCUAAAUUCCGCAAGCAUACUUUUUGCCAGACUCUUCGGUGGUAUUGUUGUGGGUGGUCUUACCUCGGCGCUCCUAGCUGGCUCCACCAACACCAGAAAUGGAAUUGAGAGCAGAAGACCUACCUAUCUGAUGUUGGGUCUUGGGGAAGCAUUUCUCAUUCCAAUCUUUCUUUUGGAGCUCCUGAAGGAUGGAAGUCUUGACGCGGCGAUUAGCAAGAAAGUGGCGAUGACCAGCAUCGUCUGUCUAGUUCCGCCCUUUGUGUGGAGAAUGUAUGUGCUCUGUGUGAGGCCAGACAUAUUGGGCAGGUAUAAAGAAGAUAAGGGGAGUGAUGGAAAAGCACAAAGCGGAACGAACUAUGGUACCAUCAGGUCGUGCGAAGAAUAA